CCCGCCCCCAGAAAUUGUAUCGCUCCAUUAGCACCGGAGAAGCUGACAUCCUUAUCCAAAUCCGCCGCAUAAAUUAAUUUCACCAGCGGAAGAAGAACUGAAGGAAAAAGAGCAGGAGAGGAUGGCCGGCGUCGUCCCCAAAUCCCUCCAAAUCCCCAGCCCAUCGCUCCCUUCCACCCUCAAUUCCUCCCCACUUUCCACAAGAAGAAGGAAAGCCCUCCCCCUCGCCCCUCAUGCGCUCGCCGACGAUCCCAAACCCGACCAGGACUCGUCCUCCUCCUCCUCCGCCGCCGCCGCCGCCCCGGCCGAGCCUCCGGCACCCGCUGCCGCCGACCCCACCUUCGAGAACCGGCUGGCCCGGGUCCGGCUCAAGUACCGGAGCGGGACGGGGAAGAAGGCGGAGCAGCGGCGGGCCAGGAAGUCCGGCGGAGAAGGAGGAGGCAGCGGCAAGAAGAAGGUGAUGCUGCCGCCGGUGCCGCUCAAGGAGGCGGUGGCGGCGGGGGGGCUGGCGGUGGAGUUGGGGUUCAGCCCCUACAGCGAGCGACUCAACGGGAGGCUGGCUGGGCUCGGCCUGGCGGCGCUCCUGCUGGUCGAGCUGGGUUCCGGCCAGUCCCUCCUCCGCUACCACUCUCUACCCAUCCUCUUCAUCCAGCUCUACUCCAUCGCCGCCGCCGCCGCCAUCUUCAUCAAGUUCGAGAAGGAGCGCAUCAGCAUCUGGCCCCCGAAGCCGCCGCCGCCACCACCGUCGUCCUCCGCCACCGCCGCCGACUGAUCCACCGACGGCAUCCUCUUUUCUAGAUUAAUCCGGUAUUAAUUACAAUACCUGUUUUAAAUUGCCACGAGACAUGUUGUUGUUGUAGUCAUUAUAAAGUCCACCACUUCGAGGUUUAUAAUAUAGUUUUCAAACAGACCUCUAAUUUUUGUAGAUUAAUAAUGGGAAUAGGAGGUCUCAUAAUAAGAAAAUUAUGGAUAAAGUAUGAAACAAACGCAAUACGAUGGGAUUGGCUCUCAGAUUGGUCUCAAAAUUUGCAGGUUUCAAGUGAACUGGGCUUCAGCAAAGGCUAAAGCUUUUUUAUUAGACUUUGUUAUCAAUUCAAUGUAUUUAGAUGUUUGAAUUUGUCCAUCA